UCGUCACCGGUAAAUUAGUUGGCAACUCACUCCGCCUGCUCUUCGAUAACUCCGAGGAACCGCCUCUCUCUCUCUCACUCCUUAAAUCACAUUUCUCUCUCUCUCUGGCAUUGUGAUUAACGAAAUUGGGAAAAAAAUGUCUCGUCUUCUCCAAACACCCUUCUUACCCUCCGUGUCUCUCCCCACAAAAACACGAUCGUCCGUUCCGGGUUUCCGGGUAAAGCCCCGGACCAUCCCAAUCCAAGCAAAGAUCCGAGAAAUCUUCAUGCCUGCACUAAGUUCCACGAUGACCGAAGGCAAAAUCGUCUCUUGGGUUAAAUCCGAAGGCGAUAAGCUCAACAAGGGAGAGAGUGUUGUCGUUGUUGAAUCCGAUAAAGCUGAUAUGGACGUUGAGACCUUUUACGACGGUUACCUCGCUGCAAUCAUGGUUGAAGAAGGUGGUGUUGCUCCCGUUGGUUCAGCUAUUGCUUUGUUAGCUGAGACUGAGGAUGAGAUCGCUGAUGCUAAGGCUAAAGCUUCCGGUGGUGGUGAUUCUAAGCCUCCUCCUCCUCCUCCGGCUUCUCCUCCGACUCCUGCAGUUGAAUCACCUGUGUCUGUUGAGAAGAAGGUUGCGGCUCCCGUGUCGGUUAAGGCUGUGGCUGCGUCUUCGGUGCAUCCGGCGUCUGAAGGAGGGAAGAGGAUUGUUGCGUCUCCGUAUGCUAAGAAGUUAGCUAAGGAAUUGAAGGUUGAGUUGGCUGGUUUGGUUGGAAGUGGACCGAUGGGAAGGAUUGUGGCUAAAGAUGUUGAGGCGGUUUCAGCUGGAGGAGGAGUUCAAGCUGCCGCAGCUGUUAAGGAGGUAGCGGCAGCUCCUGGUGUGGAGCUCGGAUCGGUGGUUCCGUUUACGACUAUGCAGGGUGCUGUGAGUAGGAAUAUGGUGGAGAGUCUUGCGGUUCCUACUUUUAGAGUCGGAUACACGAUCACUACUGAUGCUCUUGAUGCUCUCUACAAGAAGAUUAAGUCGAAAGGUGUGACAAUGACGGCACUCCUAGCAAAGGCAACUGCACUCGCACUGGCAAAACAUCCAGUUGUAAAUUCUUCCUGUAGAGAUGGUAACAGUUUUGUGUAUAACAGUAGCAUCAACGUUGCUGUUGCUGUUGCUAUUGAUGGUGGUCUGAUCACUCCGGUGCUUCAGAACGCUGAUAAGGUUGACAUUUAUUCGNAGAGAAUACUACAGCCUCAGGAGUACAACACUGGAACCUUCACUCUAUCUAACCUUGGAAUGUUUGGCGUCGAUCGGUUUGAUGCCAUUCUACCCCCUGGAACUGGAGCAAUUAUGGCUGUAGGAGCAUCUCAACCUUCAACGGUUGCUACUAAAGACGGACGCAUUGGCAUGAAAAACCAGAUGCAGGUGAAUGUGACAGCAGAUCAUCGUGUCAUCUAUGGUGCUGAUCUCGCACAGUUCUUGCAAACAUUGGCAAGCAUUAUUGAGGACCCAAAGGACCUGACAUUUUAGGCCAAAUGACUGCUUUUCGCAUCCCAGUCUUCUCUGAUUUUGAUUUCAUGGGAGCUUGUAUUUCUGCGGUAAUCAAUUUCUUUGAUAGAGUCGACCUUUCAAGAGUAAUGUUGAACAUAAUCAUUUCUUUGUUUUGAGCUAUCUUUGCAACAUUUGGCGCAUUGAAAGGCCUUCUCACAUGAUUUUGCCACUGACUUUUUCAUA